CGUGGGGAAGAUGGCUGCCGACGGCGAGAAACAACAAGGCCACAGAGCCGGUAUUUACAAACAGAAAAACAAAGAGCACAAACAUGGAAAGCAUCGGACGAAAGGUGAAAUCGAGAGAGAAAACAAAGGCAGAGUGUCGGUGAUAACGCUCACUAAAAAACAGAGGAAGGAGCUGCGGAAGAUGGACCGCCGGCACAAAGCAAACCAGCUGCGCAGGAAUAAAAAGGACCAGGUCCUGACGGAGAAGCGACGGCUCGGCAGCAGGGACGGGCCUCCUCACCUGGUGGCCGUGGUGUCCCUGCACGCCGGGGCGGACGCCGGCGCCGUCACCAAACUGCUGCGUGGAGACGGCGCCGGGGGGGUCGUGCACCAGGAGCAGUGCGUCGGUGGAGUCGGCGACAGCUUCGGGCUGAUCCUGCCCCGAUUCAAACAGAGGUUCAUCUUCCUGAGCCUCAGCACAGCUGACAUGCACUCCCUGCUGGACGUGGCUAAGAUUGCAGACAGCCUGGUGUUUGUGCUGGACUCUGCUGAAGCCUGGGACGCCUACGGGGAUUACUGCCUCUCCUGUCUGUUCGCUCAGGGCCUUCCCAGCCACGCACUGGUGUGUCAGGGUGUGGCCGACCUUCCUGUGAAAAAGAGGGUUGAGUCCAGGCGAGCUUUGUCAAAGAUCACCGAAGUUCGAUUCCCGGACGCCCGCCUCUUCCCGCUGGACACCGAGCAAGACGCCACCCUGCUGCUCCGACACCUGGGUGCUCAGAGGCAGAGGAAGCUGGGCUUCCGCUCCAGGCGCUCCCACCUUUUGGCCCAGCAGGUCACGUUUACCCCCAACAGCCCCGCCGAGGGGGCGGCCGGCGGGGCCACGGGCCUGGGCACCCUGCGCGUCUCCGGAUACGUCCGUGGCCGUCCGCUGCGGGUCGACAGGCUCGUGCACAUCAGCGGGCACGGAGACUUUCAGCUGAGUCAGAUUGACGCGCCGCCAGACCCUCUGCCUCUCCACCUGACCCCAGCCAGGCCCGCGAAGCCUGGGAAAGAGGGAGACGUGGACAUGAUGGACGGGGGUGAGGGCGAGGCUCCUGUGCGGGUGCUCAUGAAGGCGGACCCGUCGUGCCGGGAGAGCCUGCAGGCCGAGGCAGAGGUGGACCCCAUGGACGGAGAGCAGACCUGGCCGACGGAAACGGAGCUGCUGGAAGCCGAAGAGGCCAGAAAGAACAAGCGCGUGAUGAAGGUUCCCAAAGGAACGUCGGACUACCAGGCCACGUGGAUCGUUGACGAAGAGGAGGAGAACGGUGACGUGGAUGAAGAGAGCAGCGAUGAUGAUGAUGAUGAUGAUGGUGACGACAUGAUGGAUGAAGCCAUGGAUGGAGACGACGAGGAGAACUCUCAGGAUCCAGGCUCAGGCUGUGCCUCAGACGAAGAGGAGGACGAUGAGGAGGAGGAGCAGGAGGAGCUGUGCUCCACAGAGCGAGCCGGAGCGGAUCAGCGCUACGACGACCACAUGGACGAAGAGGCAGAAGAAGAAGGCCUGAAAGUGUACCGAGAGGCUCGGUCCCACGAGAUGUUCCCCGACGAGGUGGACACGCCGCUGGACGUCGCUGCGAGAAUCAGGUUCCAGCGCUACAGAGGGCUGAAGAGCUUCCGGUCUUCGCCCUGGGACCCCAUGGAGAACCUGCCUCUCAACUAUUCGCGCAUCUUCCAGUUCCAGAGCUACGAACGCACCCGCCGCCGCAUCCUGGCUGAGGCUGCGGCCGAGGAGGACGGAGCCAUGGAUGGCUGGUACGUCACCCUGCACGUCGUCGAUGUUCCCGUUUCCGUGAUGGAGAGCGUCCAGUCGGGCCGGCCUCUGGUGCUGGUGUCUCUCCUGCCACAUGAGCAGAAGAUGUCAGUGAUGCACGUCCUGGUGCACCGACACCCCAGCAACACGGAGCCCAUCAAGUCCAAAGAGGAGCUCGUUUUCCACUGCGGCUUUCGGAGGUUUCGUGCUUCUCCCAUCUUCUCUCAGCACACGUCAGCUGACAAACACAAGAUGGAGCGUUUCCUCAGACCCGACGCUCCCACUGUGGUGUCCGUCUACGCCCCCAUCACCUUCCCCCCCGCCGGAGUCCUGCUCUUCAAACAGAGGAGCGACGGCAUCCAGGACCUGGUGGCCACCGGCAGCCUGCUCAGCUGCGACCCUCAGCGCGUGGUGCUGAAGAGGAUCGUGCUGAGCGGACACCCGUUUAAGAUCAACCGGCGCUCGGCGGUGGUCCGCUACAUGUUCUUCAACAGGGAUGAUAUCAUGUGGUUCAAACCAGUGGAGCUGCGAACAAAGUGGGGUCGGAGAGGUCACAUCAAGGAGGCUUUAGGGACACACGGUCACAUGAAGUGUGUGUUCGAUAACCAGCUGCGUUCUCAAGACACUGUCCUGAUGAAUCUGUACAAGAGAGUCUACCCCCGCUGGACGUACGACCCCUACGUGCCCCCGACGUUACCCUGGGUGAAGAAAGAGGUCACCGUGGACGUCAGUGACUUGGACAUGGAGUGAUUUAUCGAUGUUGUGUCAGUACGAUCACAUCAGACGUUCGAAGCCUGCAGUGUGUGUGUGUGGAAUUAAAACAA